CAGCGCACUAGUAUCGCCUAGAGCUUCCUCUCUACCAACACAAUAAUGUCUCUGCUGCAGGCGCCAUCUUGGCGUUGAUUCCAUAUUUACAAACAGCAGAUUGGUCUCCAGAGACAUGGCCGACAAGUAUCUAACAAAGUCCGGAAGAGAGAUUAACAGCAAACGCAUGCGCAGUCACCGAAAAGACUGACACUAAAGAGAUCUGACGUCUCCUGUUCUGCGUUUCCGUGAUGAUUGAAGUUGUGGCUAAACUGGUCCGUGGUCCGGUCUUCUUAGCUGGGGAGAUCCUGGAGUGCGUCGUCACAUUCACCAACCCCUUGUCUGCGCUCUCCACCUCUGCCAGUAGUGAGACCCUCGCCUGGGCCAGUGCGCAGAUACAUUGCCAGUUUCAUGCCAGUGACAGCCGCGUCCAGCUGCCGGUAGGUGAGGAGCCCCGACAGGACGUGCAGGCGGAGAAUGAGACGGUGUUCAUCCCUAAUCGAGGUGAACGUGGUCAGUGCAUCCUUUCUACUCCUCCUAAGAUCUUGUUCUGUGAUCUCCGUCUGGACCCUGGAGAGACCAAGUCAUAUUCCUACAGUGAGACGCUCCCGCUCACGGCUCCGCCAUCUUUCCGGGGUCAGUCAGUGAAAUACGUUUACAAGCUGACGAUUGGCUGCCAGAGAGUGAACUGCCCCAUCCAGCUGCUGCGGCUGCCCUUCAGGGUCCUGCUACUGCACGCCUUGCAGGGGUCCCAGCCAUUACAGGAGGAUGAGGUUGCGCCCUCCAAUCCUUUCCUGGAGGAUGAUGAGAUGUAUAAGAAGGACCCCCGACUCCUGGACUCUGCGGUGGAGAUCCUUAUGAACGUGACGUCACGGAGAACCUUACACCAGUAUAAUAUCAGUAAUGCACGAGGACGGGUCGGGACCUUCUGUAUCUUUAAGACGGUUUAUAAGAUUGGGGAAGACGUCAUCGGAACUUUCAACUUCUCCGAUGGGGAAAUUCCCUGUUUACAGUAUUCAGUGUCUCUUCAGACGGAGGAGAGUGUUCAGGAGGAGUACAGGCGCUCGCGGGGACAGCCGGUAUCCAUCAGCACGCACGCCCAGCACCAUGAGUCCUGUCUGCACACCGCCAGCAGUAACUUCAGCCUACCUGUACCGCUCAGCUCCUGCCCCGGCUUCACCACUAAUAUCGUGUCUCUGAAGUGGCGUCUCCAUUUUGAGUUUGUGACGUCCCGGGAGCCUGUGGAAUCCCCCACUGUGCCGGAGAACCAGGCGGAGAUCAUCACAUGGACCGGGGCCGAGCACAUUGACGUGGACACCUUCAGCUGGGACCUGCCUAUUAGAGUGCUGCCCACCAAUCCAAUCCUGGCCUCCUACGUGUCCCCCGUCUCCUCCUGUCACUCCAUCAGGAUCUAAUGGGUGGCGUGCUCCUCAAUGGACGGGUGUCAUGGCUGCCGUCUGGGGGUGUGUGCUCCUCUAUGGACGGGUGUCAUGGCUGCCGUCUGGGUGGUGUGCUCCUCUAUGGACUGUGUCAUGACUGCCGUCUGGGGGGGGGGGUUGGUGUGUGCUCCUCUAUGGACGGGUGUCAUGGCUACCGUCUGGGUGAUGUGCUCCUCUAUGGACGGGGGUCAUGGCUGCUGUCUGGGGAUCGUUCUCCUCUAUGGACGGGUGUCAUGGCUGCCGUCUGGGUGGCGUGCUCCUCUAUGGACGGGUGUCAUGGCUGCCGUCUGGGUGGUGUGCUCCUCUAUGGACUGUGUCAUGACUGCCGUCUGGAGGGGGGUGUGUGCUCCUCUAUGGACGGGUGUCAUGGCUACCGUCUGGGUGAUGUGCUCCUCUAUGGACGGGGGUCAUGGCUGCUGUCUGGGGAUCGUUCUCCUCUAUGGACGGGUGUCAUGGCUGCCGUCUGGGUGGUGUGCUCCUCUAUGGAC